CUCCCUUUCAUAACCUGCGAUAGCUAAUGGUGGCUGCACAUUGCCACAAUAAGGCCAAGCAUUAAAACAGUACAAAAAUGCCAAGCUUACUGCCAGGCAAAAACGAACUGGACAACAUGAGCAAGGAAGAGAGUGCACCCACAACCUCAGAGAAGAGAUCUCAAGUGGCGGUUUCAGUACAAGUUUGUGAAAUCCUCCAUGGCAGAGAAACUCAACCUGGCGAGACCCUGUUGUGGUCACAGUCACUGGAAACUCCUACUUAGAUCGAAAAUCGGAAGGGCAACUUUCCAAGCAUUCCUCAAAUCGGAAUUCAGUGAUGAGAACAUUGAAUUCUGGCUAAUCUGUGAGGACUACAAGAAAAUCAAGUCUACUUCUCAGCUCAUCUCCAGGGCCAAGAAGAUUUUUUCGCGCUACAUCCAGACAGAAGCUCCCAAAGAGAUCAACAUUGACUACAAGACCAGGGAGCUGAUCAAGCAGAAUGUUAAGGCCCCCAACCAUGCAUGCUUUGAUGAAGCCCAGAGGAUGGUGUUCAGUCUGAUGGAGAAGGACUCCAACCCCAGGUUCCUCCGUUCGGACUUCUACAGAACCCUCCUGGAAUCGGUCUCAAAUGUGAUCAAGGUGUGACUGAUGUGGCUGGCAAUCUGAGACAAGGCCAAAAUUAUGAAUCUUCUCAGAUUCAGAGGAUCGCAGAAGGAAGGUCUGGAUGAGAACACUCAGAAUGGGUGCCGGGCUGGUGUGGACACACAGAGCGCAGAUGGGACGUGUUCCACCUGUGGAACUGCCCCUGGCUGCCCACAACUGCUGCUUUGCUGUCCUGGAACACUAUGCAAGCACCUGAGAAACUUGUAUACAAAGCUAAAUGAGCUUCCCUUGGAUCAGGGUCAAUUGAACUAAAGUGGAGGAUUGCUGAGAUGGUUAUUAUCUAAAGGACCAAGUCCUCACAGUAAUCUGUGGUAUCCCCAAUGAGGCUUAAAUAAACAGCAAAAUAAGCAGAUGUUUUUAAUGCACAAUGGUUUAAAAGAUAUAUUCUGGUGGAAUGGAAAAAUAGUGUCCUAGUGAAUUUUUUUCUCUACAUAACUAAAACAAAUGAUUGCAGGGGUUAUGGCCCCUGCACAGGGCCAGCAGUCCUGAGAGGACUCGUCUAGCUAUUUGCUUGCUUGCACAAUCAUUUGUCUACAGUGGAUUUAAGGUUUUGUUCAAAGUUUUAAACUUUUGUCCAUUUGACCACAACGUUUUUUUGGGAUCUCCAGCCAUGUGAAAAGAAAUGUCCUGAAUAGAAAAUAUGUGUAUAAUGAAGUUUGGAAACCAAAUUGAUCACAUAUUGUUCUAAAUAGCUGUGAAGUUCCUUGGAGUCAUCUCACUUAUAUCUGUUAUAAUCUAAAAAACAUGAAGUUGUGGGACUGUGGUUAAAUUAUUCGAUAUGUUUUGUUUAAAUAUCUUAAGUGUUGUUGCUGAUGUUGCUCAUUGUUUUAAAUUAGGAUGCCAUUAGAGACACUUAUUUGGGUAUUUCACUGGUUGAAAUCCAAGUGUGGAUUUUUGCUUGUUUAUACUCUUAGAUACUAAAUAAAAAACUUUUUAGACUU